AUGGUCCCUUCUGGAAGGACAGAACCAACAAACUCAAGAAAAAAGAAAAAAAUUACAAGAGGAAAGCCCGCAAGAAGGCAUUGCAAGAAGCAGCAUCAAGAGAGCAGAAAACAAGAAACACCAAAGAAAAGGGACAUGGAUUCUGAUGUGGUUGCUGUGUGUUCCACUCCCAAAGGUGAAAAGUUUCGGAUAGCAGAAGUUACAACAUGCCCUCCAGCACCAAAGAAGAAGCCAAGGCUGCUUUCUAAUUGCUCUUUGCGUAGAUCACCCUUAGCAUUCUUUGCACCACCAGAUUUAGAGACCUUCUUCUGCUUUUCGCUUCAAGAUCUUCCCGUUUCAUUUGUUUGCUAA